UCAACCUAUGGCUAGUUUGGAGGAGGGUAAAAGGAUCCCAGAUCAGUGUCUGUUUCGGUGUCAUGCCAUCCCCCAUCGCGCUGCUAGGUGGGCGCCAGCCUCGCGAUAGCCUCGCCUACUAGAAUCAAAGCUCCGCUCGCGAACUGGAUGCUGACAGGCGCGCGGUGCGGUCAUCAUGCAAAGGUUACAUUGGAUCCGUUUCAGCGAGUCUCCAAAGAAGCCGCUUCUCCGCAGGACCCGCACGGGGCACAAAAUGCGAGACGUCUAGCAACACAAACACGCUCGGACUCACGUUUACUGGCCUGCUUGGCCACAGCAGGUGUCAAACGAUGGACGCAAGUUUGGGAUUUUCGCGAACGGCAGUGUGUACGCUGGCUCCUCUCGGCGGUAAAGUGGCUUCAUGAGUGUCCAAAGUAACAGUGGAAGUGGUGGUGGAAGUUUGGAGGCGACGCCAUCUUGGUCGCAGCUCUCCUCGUCCCCAACGAUUUCUCAACAACAUAUAACGGCGACCGCAAAGAGCAAGGAAGCCCCAAUGGAGGAGCUGCACAGCCUGGACCCCAGGAGACAGGAGCUGCUGGAGGCCAGGUUCACAGGAGCUGUCAGUGGCAACACAGGAGGCAGCACUGGGAGCACCAGUGGCGGUGCUAAGGGUCUGGCCAAUGAGUCCUCUAACCACAGCUAUGGCAGUCUGGGCUCCUCGAGCGACAAGGAGUCGGAGAACUCUGAUUUGAAAAGAGGGAGCUCCCCCGCCUACUCAACCCCGGAGAAGAAGCACUCUGAAUCGUCCAGAGGGAGGAAAAGGAAAGCUGACACCUAUUCAGAGAGUAGUCAAGGAAAAACCUCAACACGUGGGCCCAAGAUCAGCGACUACUUUGAUUUUCAGGGUGGGAAUGGUUCCAGUCCAGUCAGAGGCCUCCCAUCAGCUCGCCGCUCUCCACAGAACUCGCACUCUGCCCCGGGCUCAAUCAUCCGGCAGAAUAGCUCUUCUCCUACGAGUCUGUGUUUUGGGGAACACAAUAAAGCUUCCUCCACCAAGUGUGUUCAGACGGAGUUAACGGGCCUGAAACUUGCUGCUCUGGAGAGCAACAAGAGUCUGGACCUAGAAAAAAAAGAGGGGCGAAUAGAUGACCUGCUCAGGGCUAACUGUGACCUGCGGAGACAAAUAGAUGAACAGCAGAAACUCCUGGAGAAAUACAAGGAGAGGCUGAAUAAGUGCAUCACCAUGAGCAAGAAGCUGCUUAUAGAGAAGCUCCGCCUUGGUCCAACUCCUGAGGGGAACAUUCUGUCUAGCACCCAGGAGAAGCAGUCGUGUCGUGAGAAGAGCAUGCAGGACCGGCUCCGCCUCGGUCACUUCACCACUGUCCGACACGGAGCGUCCUACACGGAGCAGUGGACGGACGGAUACGCAUUCCAGAACCUGAUCAAGCAACAGGAGGGCAUCAACCAGCAGAGGGAGGACAUAGAGCGACAGAGGAAGCUGCUGGCCAAGAGGAAGCCUCCAAACCCUGCGUCUCCCUCGCUCUCGGUUGCCUCCACCUCUGAACCCAAGCAGCGCAAAACUAAAGUGGUCAACGGCAACGACUCUGACCCCUUCCUCAAGCCCUCCUUGCCCCAGCUACUGACCCUCGCUGAGUACCACGAGCAGGAAGAGAUCUUCAAGCUUCGCCUUGGACAUCUAAAGAAGGAGGAAGCUGAGAUCCAGGCAGAGCUGGAGCGGUUGGAGCGGGUGAGGAACCUCCACAUCCGAGAGCUGAAGAGGAUAAACAACGAGGACAGCUCAGCGUUUAAAGACCAUCCUACCCUGAACGAGAGGUACCUGCUGCUGCACUUGCUGGGCAGGGGCGGCUUCAGUGAAGUCUACAAGGCUUUUGACCUGUUUGAGCAGCGCUACGCAGCUGUUAAAAUCCACCAGCUCAACAAGAACUGGAGAGAGGAGAAAAAGGAGAACUACCACAAGCAUGCAUGCAGGGAGUACCGGAUACACAAGCAGCUGGACCAUCCCAGAAUAGUCAAACUAUAUGACUAUUUCUCCCUGGAUACUGACACGUUCUGUACAGUUCUGGAGUUCUGUGAAGGCAACGACCUGGACUUCUACCUGAAGCAAAACAAGCUGAUGUCAGAGAAGGAGGCCCGCUCCAUUGUCAUGCAGAUUGUCAGCGCCCUGCGCUACCUCAACGAAAUCAAACCCCCCAUCAUCCACUACGACCUCAAACCUGGGAACAUCUUAUUGGUGGAUGGAACUGCGUGUGGAGAAAUCAAAAUCACAGACUUUGGUCUUUCUAAGAUUAUGGAUGAUGAUAACUACGGCGUGGACGGGAUGGACCUCACAUCACAGGGAGCUGGAACCUACUGGUACCUUCCUCCAGAGUGUUUUGUGGUGGGGAAGGAGCCACCUAAAAUCUCCAACAAGGUGGACGUCUGGUCUGUGGGAGUGAUCUUCUUCCAGUGCCUCUACGGACGCAAGCCGUUUGGUCACAACCAGUCACAGCAGGACAUUCUCCAGGAAAACACCAUCCUUAAAGCUACAGAGGUCCAGUUCCCUGCUAAACCACAGGCUAGCACAGAGGCCAAGGCGUUUAUCCGGCGCUGUCUCGCCUACCGCAAGGAGGACCGGUUCGAUGUUCACCAGCUGUGCUCGGACUCCUACCUCCUCCCUCACAUGAGACGUACAAACUCCUCCGGCUCCCUGCAGCCCUCCGCCUCAUCUCUCGCUACCUACUGACUGGCUCUCUCACAUGACUGACAGGACACUCUGGCCAAUCUCAAGGCAGGAAUCUGAGGAUAGUGGACAUCGAUCUUUUUUGUUUACCUGAGCUGUUCCCAAAUGGAUGAAUAAGCAACACAGCAGAAUUAAAUGGAGAAGUGUGACGAAGAAGAGGGACGCUCCCGUUGCAUAUGCUGUACAGAGCUGUGCCCUUGAACUCACCUGUGAGAUAACUGGGAAAAGAGGCUCAGCUUUGUUUGAAGCAGGAAGAGAAAAUGGCGGAUUUCUUUAUUAAAUAGCCCCUUAGGAGACAUUAUUUCAGCAGCUAAAGGAGCUCCUAGAUGCUCUUUCCAUGCCCGGAUCUUUUAGCUCGACACCAUAACACACCUCACAAGAUGGCUGAGAAUUUCUUCAACAUAAAGGCGCUGUUCUAGAUGUUCUCUCGUUGCUGAUUGGGGGGGGAGCAGAAGAAAGCGGUGAACAGGUGCGUGCCGCAGAGAAGGGAGGAGUGUCUGCUGUGCAUCAAAUAUGAGCUACCUGCUCAAGUAAACUCUGCAAUCUAUUGUUAUGAGGCACAAAAUGAUUCUGACAUGUCAUUGAAUUUACCUUUUUGUUUGUCCCUCUGCACUUAAAAGCUAUGUAACCUUGAGACCUUGAUGGGACUCGACGAAAAAAAGUUCCAGAUUAAAUUUCUGGUGUUUUUUUGCACUUCCGGUCCAGAUCAGGUGAUCUGGUCUCCCACAUUUGGCAUGAAGUACUACAGCGUGGGCUAGUUCUGAACUUAUCAGUAGCAGAGUCCUCGAGCAGUUCAUUUCCCUUUUUAUUUUUGUUGCAAAGCAAUUCAGAUCUACGGCCAAGUUUACAAGAAGUGGAUCUGUGCAUCUGUCUUAAUCCAUGUGUGUUGUUCAGAUAAGAGUCAAUGUUUUAAACAGAGAGUUGUGCUGACCCAGGGACUGGAUCAGCUGUUACUGUACUGCUAAAGUCUCGGGACACUUGGUGUACAUUUCACGUGCAGGAGACAUUACUCACUAGCAAAUACAUAAUAAUGAGACUUCUCUUUUUGCGUCCCAGUGUCUCACUUUGCUCCGUUUAUUUGUGUCCCCUCCCGAAAGCUGUUCUCAGUUUGCUGCUAUAAAUGUUGCUUUUGUUUGUUUGUAACGUGUGAAUGGUUUUCGCCUCGCAUAUGCGCAUACUUGAACUGUGUUAAGAGGAACACUCGAGACGGACACCCGCUGUGCUAUUACUAGGUGGGUGGGGGGCGCAACACGUUCUUCUGCCACCAACAUGUCCACAUGGCUUUUUUUGUUUUUUUUCUGGAGCAAAGUCCCAGUGUGCUGUGUGGUGCGGGACGGUCACACCUGUUCGUGCCAGAUAAAGAAGAAGCUUCCGGUUGGCUGUGUUGCAGCAUGAUUUAACUGCAGCUAGAAAUCAAGCGGAUAUAUCCAAAUGUUGUCGUCCUGUAAAUAAAACACUUACCUGUA